AGUAUGCUUACCAACGUUCUGCGAAAACUUGACGGAGAAGACAGUAAGGUCCCGCCAUCUUUUGACCAAGAUUUACCGACAUUUGUUGAGUGUGCCAUAUAUGUCGACAGCUUUGAUUCAAUCAGCGAGGCAUCGAUGGACUACACGGUGAGUCUGCUGCUGCACAUGGUAUGGAAUCAGCCCGGCCUUAAGUAUCUCUACGACGUGCCUUACUUCGAGGUGGACCCCAAGAACAUGGAGAAGAUCUGGAUCCCCGACCUCUACUUCCCCAACGAAAAGAAAGCAGCCUUCCACAACGUCAUGAUGCCCAACAAGAUGAUGCGCAUCUACCCAGACGGCAGCUUGUCCUAUUACGCCAGGUUGUCCCUAACAUUCAGCUGUCCGAUGAACCUAAGGUUUUAUCCAUUUGACAAACAAGUCUGCGCCCUCCAGAUGGAGAGCUUUGGAUUCGACUCUGAGAAGGUCGUCUUAGAAUGGGCCAACACUUCCACACCAGUGGACAUCAACGAGCAGAUCGUCCUGCCACAGUUCCAGGUGACCAACAAGGACAGCAGAGAGUGCGACCAUUCCAGACCUAGAAUAGGAGAGCCAGACGGAGACACUUCUUCUUCGUCGUACGCUCUGCCGGGGACCUUCAGGGGUUCAUUUGUAGGCCAGACUGCUCUUUUCUCUGAUUCUGGCAAUCAUAGUUGUCUGCAGGCGACAUUCCACUUGGAGCGCAACAUUCAGUAUUAUAUCGUGCAGAUGUACAUUCCCAGCAUCCUCAUCGUCGUCGUCUCGUGGAUUUCAUUUUGGCUCACCGUGACGUCAGUGGCCGGACGAAUCUCAUUGGGCGUCCUCACGGUGCUCACCAUGACGACCCAGAGUUCAGGGGUCAACGCCUCGCUCCCGCGCGUGUCCUACACCAAGGCCAUCGAUAUCUGGAUGUCCACGUGUCUCAUGUUCGUGUUCGCUGCUCUCAUAGAGUUCGCUGUUGUUAACGUUUUAAGUAGAAACGAAAGAUUGAAAAUGAUCCGUCGUGGAACUCGUCAAAUUCCGGACGACGACGAAUACGGAAACGUAGCUAUUACAAGGGAGAUAAGAGAGACAAUUGUCAACAUGGACGGCGACGUCCGCCUAUCUGCCCACCAGAAGCGGCGCUUCAGCCACGUGAACAUCACGGGGAUCCAGGUGGCGAUGUGUCUGGACAACUUCUCUCGGGUCAUGUUUCCCUUCGCGUUCAUGGGCUUCAACACCUUCUACUGGCUGACCUACCUCGUGUGGGGAGCCGCGGAGGAGCCUCGGGCAGACGGCUUGUAGUUGUAGAGGGAGUCGGUGGACAAAACAACCCCUGGCUUCAGACACAUCCACCGGGGAAUCUCGGAGGAUGAACUCUAGACAGUCGUGCUUGAACCUUCAGUUGAUGUAAACACGAGUCAAAUGGUCGAUUGAUUGGACAAGAGCA